AUGUGCGAAGCCGAUCGACGGAAUGGCAAAAUGAAGUGUCGGAAGAGGGGCGUCGAAUUCGGGUUAGGUGAGAGUAGGAGAUGCGAUACAGUAGGAAGAGGGAAUGAGUCAGUCAUGAACAUCGAUGCAAACGUAGCGAGAGUGUCCUGCCCUUGGAACGACAACUGCCGUCAGGACGUUGGCGCCCAGCAAAGUAGCAGUCGAUGCCGCUGCUUCCGGAGGGUGGUCCGCUACUCGGCCCUGGUAGGAGGUAUCGGAUACGGCAUUCUCCACCGCAGAACAUUGCAAGCAAAGGCGGACGCCAAGGCCGCUCACGCCGAAUACAAGCACAAGGAGCAGCUCAUCCAAAAGGCAAAGGAGGCAUACAAGAACAAGCUCGUCGCCAAGCAGAGCGAUUCUGGCAGUGAGUAUCAUGCGCAAAAGCCUGGCAAGAACAGUCGUCACGGAUCCCGAAAACCCAGCGUUCGACUUGGAAAAGUUCCUGACCAAGCUCGAGCAGGACAGCAAGUGAAGGAGCUGUUCAUCUAUCAUCGUAGCUGUCGGAAGCUCAAGCGGAAAGACACCCGCAUAUUCAUGAUGCUUGUGCGACGUGUUCGCCUUCCUGAAGCUACCUAG